CUACACACGUGAAUGAAGAUGGAAAAGUAAUAAUAAUUUUAAAAAUAUCCUUUAUUAUAUUUUACAGCUUAAAUGCAUCUCAAUUAUUAAUAUAUAUAAAAUAAUAAUAAAUAAUAAGUCUGAUACGACAAUAAAUAGUGAUAAGAAAUAAUAAGUGGGAGAUGUAACUGUUGUGAAAUGUUUUUUUGCGGUCUAAUGAUGUAAGCUAAUGUUCAAAAGUGAAAGUGACAGUGCGCGUAACGGAACGGCCGAGCGCGAACGCUCGUGCGGCAACAGAUAAAAUACUACGUCCCGGAAAAAAACUGUACACAAACCACAGAUUAAAAAUUCCCUCGCAUUUCCUGUCAAGAUAAUUCAGCAAGGUUUUUAUCCCGAGGUUGUAUAACUGUCAAACGAGCAUAGAGUCUGGAAGCAAGGAGGUUAUAUCCCGGAGGUUGUUAUAACGUGCCAGCCGCCCCCGGCGCUCGGCCAAUGACGCCGCGGGAACCGCCCCCGUUCGGCGCGCUGCCGUACGUCUUCGUACUCCUUAUCCUGAAUGCCGGUUUAUCCGCAUCUAGGCGACCCGAGCCGUACUACGGCCGUGUAAUUGGCCGGCUUACCCAGUACGCACAUGGAAUACGGGGUACUGUGUACGCUGUGGACGAAAGUACGGUAUUCGUCCGAGGAUUUGCGUACGAUGGAACUGGACCCGACGCGUACUUCUGGGUUGGCGAUACGCCACAGCCAUCACCUGAGGGCACGCUUGUACCAUAUCCGGAGGACUAUGCAAGCCGGGACCCGCCGGUGCUAUCAGCACAUACGAACUCCGAUAUCCUGCUCCGGCUACCGGCUGGAAAGAGACUACGAGACAUCAAAUGGAUAAGCGUUUGGUGUCGCAGAUUCACGGUCAACUUCGGUGAUGUAUUCCUUCCACCGGGGCUCGAUCCUCCUCGUCCACGGGUGCUGCCAGAAUUCAAACGGCUAGCUCAUGGGCUAAGAUCUGGCAAUAUAAGCGUUUUAGAUGCUAAAACAUUCUACAUACCAAACUUGCAUUAUGACGGUGCAGGUCCAGACGCCUACUUCUGGGUGGGAAAUGGCAGUGAACCCAGUCCGUUUGGUACUAAAGUGCCCAACGAAAUGGGUUCUUUGAACCCCCUCCGUGGAUACCAAGGGGAAGACAUCGAAAUCGUACUACCCGGUAAGCUGACUGCCUACGAUGUGGACUGGCUCUCCGUUUGGUGUGUAGAGUACAGGCACAACUUUGGUCAUGUUUACAUACCUAAGGACUUAGAUGUACCGCCAGCUUUGGGACAAACGAAAAUAACCCCAGCUUGGUGGUACAAUCCGACAAGUUCAACGACAUCGCAGACUCCUUUAAGUACCGCUAAUAAUUGUAAGGAAAUAUUGGAUAAGCGGCUGCAGAUCAAAUGGGAGAUACAGGGUGACCACGUCCAAAUAACUCUCGCGGCUCGUCUCCGCAAGGAACAGUAUAUGGCGUUCGGAGUGUCAGGUGCUGAAGGCCGACCCGCCAUGUUGGGAGCUGAUGUGGUCGUUGCGUUUUGGGAUUCAAGGUUUAACCAGCCGAGGGUGUCCGAUUACACGAUCACGCAUCUCGCGCAGUGCGACGGCGAGCGCGGCGUGUGCCCGGACGCGCGGCUCGGCGGGAGCAACGACGCCGCCGUCGUAUCGGGCCAUCAAAAGAGCGGUGUAACAACAAUAACCUACCGCCGCCCACUCGCCGCGACCGAAUCAGUCAAGGAUAAGGAAAUACUGACGACUCGGUCUCAGUCCGUCAUCGCGGCGUUCGGACCUCUCAACUCAAAGUACGAAGCCAACGCGCACUCCUUCAUGGACACGACCAGACUGGAUGUGCAAUUAGACUUCGGAGCUCAGAACGACAACUCGUGCAUCGGACUGGCGGAGCUGGAGGAGGGCGGGCCGGCGCCGUGGCCGGCGCGCGUGCUGGCCGGCGUCGCGGCGCUCACGGCGCGCAUCGGGCCGGCCGGCGGGCGCCGCGGGUACACGCCCGUCACCGGUCACCCUUCAUGGGGCAUCGCCUGGUACAUCAACGAUCUGCUUAUUCCGGAGAUAUAUGUGGAACGUGGGAAAACUUACACCUUCCUGGUGGAGGGAGGGGAUGAUAGGACAAAUCCUGCUAAAUUCCACCCGUUCUACAUAAGCGAUUCAUCGGAGGGAGGUUUUGGUCAAAAGAAAGAGGAGGAACAGAGACAGCAGCGAGUGUUCGCCGGAGUUGCCUACGACAACGAGGGAUACCCGUAUCCUACCGCAGUCGGCCGCUACUGCGAAUGGACUCACAAGACAGUGGACCAGUCUGCUACAUCCGACACUUUCGAGCAGUACAUGCAAACGCUGCAGCUGGAGUGCAACGAGGGGGAGCCCGCCGUGCUCAACUGGACCGUGGCCCACGAGACUCCAGACUUGUUGUACUAUCAGUGUUACUCUCACAACAAUCUCGGCUGGAAAAUACACGUAGUGGACCCCGGGACCCUCGUGCCGCUGCCGGACAAGAGCGCCAUCGUCAACUCGGCGGGGCGGACGCCGGCCGCGCCCGCCCUCGCGCUGGCGGCGCUGGCGGCGGCGCUGCACAGAUAAGGACCUCGGACACUCGCAGCGAGCUCUGUUACUAGGGAGGCCGGAUGGAUUUAUACUUUAUCAUAAAAAUAAUUUUACUAUACAAAGGAGUAGGUAUUUACAAAAGCUAAUUUGAAUUUUUUACUGUAUUGACAGAAUUUACGUUUGGUAUUCGAUAGAUUUAGAUUUAAUAGUUUUUUACAGUAUUUUAUAUAAUGAUAACGUAACGCAGACAAUAAAGCUUAUUUAAAAUGUUUUAAUUUAUGUAACUUUGACAAUAAAAUUGUAUGUGAACUGUAGUAUUAAGAUAACGGACAUUUUUAAACAUAUUAUAUUAUGUUUAGUGAUAAGCAUUGAUUUAAUGGUGAUGUUAAUAACGAUGGUGUUAACAGGGCUCGCUCAUAUUGUACGGAUAAGGUUUGGGUAAAUAAUGUCAAUCUAUAUGAUAUCAAUUUCAUAUCAGUCAUUACUAUACUUAUGUACAAUCUUUAUACAUUAGAAUUCGGUAACUCUGUAGAGUUAGGGAUUAUUUUCAACGAGUAUUUCCCUAGCAAUGAACAUAGAACAUUUACGAUCGAAAGUGUGAACUAUAGACAUCUCGCUCAUUACCUUCAAAAGAGACAGAGACAGAUACAUGUUUCUCUGUCACAAGCGCGAAGUAAAGAAUUUAAGGAAUUGAUUCUUAAAAUUUAGCUUCGUGGUUUUAAAAAUAACAAUACUAAUGGAAAUAUUGACAAUAAAAAAUAUUUUUAGAUUUAAUAAAGUUCUUGCCGUGUGCUUGACAAUAAAACAAUAUAUAUUAUAUAUUAGAAACAUAUAUAUGAACGAUUUUAUAUAUAUAUUUGUAUUUUAAUUAGUUAUAAUAAUAUAUAUAAUUAUAAUGCAUCGACCAUACCUGCGAUAUAAUAACGCACGUGUGGCGGUAGAGUAAAAGUGACAAUAAAUUGCUGACUUUAAAACGUUAGAUUUUUAUAAUACAUAUUUACAUGAAUAUAUAAAUAAUUUAUUUGAAUACAAAAUUAAUAAUCAUGUACAAUUUCAUAGUAAUCUUUAUGUACUUCUUAGCAAUCUUUAUAUAUUAAAGUUGUCAUAUUGAACAUUAUAAAAUUUUCCGAUUUUCAUAAAAAAAAUAUACAAUAAGUAGGCUAUAGAACAUUUUAUAAUAUAAUAUUUUCACAAAAUACCAUAUACAAUAUAACCGAAACAAUAAAAUAAUAUAACCAAAAGUUUGAAUCUAAAUCAGAGAUUUCAAGACUUCAUAUAAUAAGGGUCGUAUUAACUCCCUAGUAAGGGUUAAGACCUUUUUCUUUUUUUAUAUCGCUGGAAAAACGCUUUACGCGUUUCCCCCGCGGGAACAGUGGGGGGGUAUGUGGGGCUCGGUGGUGUCCAAGUCGCCGACUGCGCCCCGAACAUCGGAAUACCCACUAAUAAACCAGCGGUACCCUUUUCGUCUUAACGAGGAGCGCCACGGGAUCGCUUUCGCAUGAUACCGUGAAGGGCCAAGACCUCGCUAACUCAUCUCACGUGUCGAAUAACGCGCACAUUUUCGUCAACACCGCUGUCCAGAUUGUCUAGCUGGCCACCUUAGGCUCGCAGUUAGAACAGCCAUGCUCUAAAAAUAUAUAAAUCUUGUUUUCUUAAUCGAAUUUUAAACAAAUGUAAUAGAUAUUUUCAAUCUUACUUAUAAUAGAAUUAAAUUAUAAAAAUAUUAAUAAAUCAUAUUUAACAGAGACAAAACAAAUAAUUCAACAACACAUUUAAAAAUAUGAGAACUAUAAACUAUUAUACCAUAUAUAACAUUUGUAACGCGAAAUUCUUACAAAACAAUAUGAAUAUGUGUGCUUGAAACAAAAGAAUAACGAAAUAAAACGCAUAUCUAAAUAAAUAUGAAACAUUUAUGAUUUGUACAACUUUCUGUCUAUUGGUAUUCGAAAGUAACCGUUACUGAUUUAUAAAAAGUAAUUACAUAGACAAUUUUGCAAUGGAGAUAAUACAUUGGCUCGGACAAGGUAACAAUAAAUAAUAAACUUCUUAUAUGUUACUUCGAAAAUGAAUAAGCGAUGUAUUUACAUUAACGCAUUAUAAAUUAGAUUCCUACGCCAUGUCGUGUGUAUGUUUGUUCGCGGUUUCUUUAUUUUAACCAAUAGACAGACUGAUUAACGAGGAAACAUUUAUAAUUUAUGAAUAUUUUGCAAAAAAAUAUCUAACAUUAUGAUAAUAUUUGAUUAUAAAAUCCGGUUAAAUCGUGUCUCCUUAAAAAUAUAUGAAAACAAAAUGGUAUAGUUCUUAAACAGUUCUAAAGUAAAGUACGCGACACAUUCACGGCUCAUUUCAGUUCAACUGAUUUACAAUUGGGCUAAUUGAACGCGGGUCGGGAUCGCUAUAAAAAUAUGCAAAUACGUCCGCGACAGAGGCGCUCUGACACAUGUCUUUUACAAUUUUAGCGCAAAAUGUGAAUUAAACUUUGACAAUAAUAAGUCUAUUGCUAAAAUUGUUACCUACUUGUAUGAAUAUUUUAAAUUAUACUAAAUAUUAUAAAAUUAUAAAGUAAUUAUUAAAUAUUUGAUGUGUUUUGGAGUUUUCGUGCUUGAAGUACGUAGCGAAUUUUUCUUAGAUAUAUUAUAAGUGCUUAGAGAAAGUGAAUUCUCGUUCAGUUAAAAAAAAAAACGUUUUGUCACUAUAUUUUAAAUCGUUAAUCCAUUGUGUUCAAAAAAAAAUUAAAUGGAAAAAACAUUUCAGGUGACAAAAAAAAUUGUAACUUUUCAAUUUUAGAUUAAAUCUUCGGGCGCGAUGACAAUACGUUUUAAAGUCAAAUUAAAUGCAACGUUUCUAUGUGUAACUUUUAAAUUAAACUAUUUUGACUUCCCUUACGAGUAGUAAUUUUAACGCGCGUUACUUUUUUUAAUCAUACUUAUAGGUUAAAGAAAUGGAAUACUGAUAAAAAAGGUAUUAGUUCAUUCGAGUGGUAUGACAAUAAUAUAUUACUCAAUUAUCCUAUCUACACUGUAAAACAAUUUCAAAAUUUACAUAUUUAGGCAAAUAAAUUAUCAACUUUUACCCAAAAUAUUAUUAGACUUAGAUACAAAUGAUAGCAAAUAAUUCAAAUAAUUUUACACUCAGUAGCUGUAGAUGUUGAUGCACGAGUUCUGAUAAUUUUAAAAUUUUAUUAGAAGUUGAAAAUGUGUAAAAAUUUUAGAAAAAUUAUACGUGUUAUCGCUGAGAGAAUCAAAACAGAAUAUAUAGUUAAUAUGUGAUUAGUUUUCAUGGUAUUUUAUAGUAAAGGGCAUAUAUUCAACAUCAGCGCAUGUCGGCGCUUUAGUGUAACCAGCAAGAAAAUUAAAUUAUAGAGUUGCUAAGACUAGGGUUGCCAGGUUUUAUAACCGCAAUAGCAAGACCAAGACAUACAAAGUUUAGUCGGACAUUAGGUUAAAAGGGCUGGAUAUCCUAUAUUAUUAAGUCGUAUUUUUGUCGCAGUAAUAAUACGUAUUUUUUUAAAUGUAAUGAUAAGUUCUUUUUGCUUUUACCUUUUAGCUAUAGUCUCUAGCCAAAUGUUAAAAACCUAACAAAAGCCGGACAGCAACGGCAAGCAAAUAGCCAAACAUUGUCCGAGGUUACUCGGACGCCUGGCUACCCUACCACGAACCUCUAAACCAUAUACCAAUGGAACUAGGGGUAAAGAUAAACAAACCUUAGGUAUACAUAUUCUGAUAUUCCAUGCGAUUGGCUUCACGCUCUGCUAUAUUAUGGACGACGAAACAGUUCUUGAUAUAUAUGUACAUUUAUAUAAUACACUAUUCCAUUGAACUACUUAUAUCCAAUUCUAAUUCCAAAGUUCCGAUAACAACUAUGCUGAUAUUCAAAACGUCAUGUUUUCGAAAAUCCAUAAUGAAUACCACAGAUUAUAAUAAAUCUCGACCGAGCAUAUCAUGUCAAUCCUAGAUCAAAGUGGCUUAAAUAUUUAUCUUUACUCCUGCAAUUGGAAUCAGCAAUACGUAUUAUACAUUGAUAAUUAAAAUAAAUAACAAGAAUUUUAGAGCACUAAAGAUUAUCUCGCCGUAAGUUCUUGGAUACCUAAAGCCGGCGCUGAUCUGCAUAUACCGAUAAAGAAUUGAAUUGAAUAUAGCAUCCCACACUUUCGUUAUGUAUAAUUCGUUUUUGGCGAGUGUGAAUGUAGAUAUCGAUAGUAGGCGAGCGAAAUAUCAUUUUCUUUAUCUGCAUGGUACAAUAAUGUGAUAUUUAUUAAAAAUAUAUAUGUCAACUCCGAGUGUAUAUUAGGCUACAUAAUUCCAAAUUAAUUAUUACGUACUCAAUUAUAAAGGCGUGUAGUACAAAAUAAGUUCAAUAUUUAUAUUCGCUUGUUAAGUCUCAAAUAUACUUAUAUUUAUUGUAAAUUUUGAUUUCGUGAAAAUUUUGCUUAAACUUUAUGACAAAUGAUAAAUGAAUGUAAGUUUUGGAUUUUAUUUAUAGUUAAAUAAAAACGAUUCCAUUGAUAAGAUUACUAAUCGUAAACAAUGGUAAUUGUAAAACCAAUAUGACCGCGAAAAUAGUCACCUGUUACAGAAUUGAUAUAAUUUUUUUUACCAUUGGGUAAGGCAGUGGUCGCAAUCUAAAAACCGCGGAACAUUUUUAAAUACAAUCAAAGAGUGCUUCAAAGGAAUAUGUUGCAAAAAUAUUUUAAUGGGACACUUCACACAGAAAUUAUAAAUAAGAAUAAAUUUCAUGUCAUCGGA